UCUGCAAAACAUUUGCUGCCAAAAUACUAAAAUUCGAUGAAUAUUUUUAAAAUAUAUGAAAAAAUACAUCAUUAGAUAAAAAUUAUUGUAUAUAUAUUUAAUGAAAACGAAAAAAUAAAUGAAAACAAAUUCUAUUAAGAAGAAAAAUAAAAAAACAAGGAAUGAAAAAUUUCAAUUAGAAAGUGUCGUCCACCAAACCCACUAAAUCACAGAGUGAAAAAAGUAGAGGUGUGAGUGAAAAGGCAAUAGUGAUUUAAAUGAGAAUUAAAACAAAAAUAUAAAAAUCCAGUUAGUUAUUUUUUCAUAUCUAAAAAAAUAGAGAAUAAGUGAAACAAAAAAAAAAAAAAAAACGCGAAUAAAAGAAUUUUUGUUUUUUUUUUUGACAAAACAAAAAAGAACGAAACAAAAUAUUUCAACUAAAUGGAUGGAUAUUAUCGAGAUUCAUUUAUAGUGGUGUUGAAUAAACAACAAUAGUAAUUAUUAAAAUUGCUAAAGUUAAAUACAAAAUUGUAUUUCAUUUCUUUCUAUACACAUUCUGUUUGCACAAAUUAAUAGUUUACAAUGGCAACAUCUCCACGAUCUGUGGACACAAUAUCACUUUGUUCCACAGUCUCUAGUUGUCCGGAUCGUAAUGGCUUUUAUGGUGGUUUUCAACGUACCGAUAAACCAAAAGAACCCUUAUCAAAAGCACAAAUCAUAGCAAGAGAAAAGAAAUGGUUAUAUAUGAUAGAUAACUGGUCGUUAUACAUGUCCAAGAAUUAUAAAAAGAUUCGUGAUCGUUGCCGCAAAGGUAUACCAAAAUCAAUCAGACCUCGUGCUUGGUUCUUUCUGUCUGGUGCCUAUUUGCUGAAAAAGAAACAUCCCAAUUUAUAUACAGAGCUGUUGGAGAAGCCGGGAAAUCCUCAUGUCAUUGAGGAGAUCAAAAAAGAUAAACAUCGUCAAUUUCCAUUUCAUGAAAUGUUUUUGGACGAAGAUAAAGUUGGUCAAAUCGAAUUAUUCAAUGUCUUGAAAGCCUAUUCGUUAUACAAUCCCAAAGUGGGAUUUUGCCAGGCCCAAGCACCAAUAGCAGCUUUUCUCUUAAUGCAUUUACCAGCUGAAGAUGCAUUUUGGGUUUUUGUCAGCGUAUGUGAUGUCUACUUGGAAGACUAUUUCAUAAGCGGCCUAGAAGUUCUACAGAACGAUGCUGGUAUCUUAGAGGGCCUUUUAAAAAAAACCUGUCCACCCGUCUAUCGCCAUUUACAGAAGCACAAAGUUGAGCCUCUACUCUAUAUGACCGAUUGGUUUCUAUGUGCCAUGACCCGUACUUUACCCUGGGAAACAUUGCUACGGGUUUGGGAUUGUUUUCUAGCCGAGGGUAUACGUGUCAUUUUCAAGGUAGCUUUAGUAAUACUGGGAGCCUCACUCAACAGUCACAAAAUACGCAAACAAUGUAAUGGCCUUUGUGAAACGCUAGAGGUGUUACGGAAUCCUCCCGAUAAUGUUCUCGAUGAAGAUUUCAUUAUAAAUCACAUGCAACGUCUAAAUUUACGCGUCGAAGAUUUUCAAAUCGAACAUACACGGCAAAAGACUAGACGGGCCAAACAGAAGGCUCUACAGGAGGCAAAUGCGGCACAACAUUCGAACACGAGCACAUUUACACGCAGCCGCACCACUAGUCCUACAAAUAUGUCAACCACAAAUAUGUCUACGACGACAACCACGACAACGGCCCAAACAGCAAGUGGCAAUGUAACUGUGGUAAAUAUUUCAAGUGAUCAUUCGUAUGCCUCAUCGAAUGGAGGUGGUGGUGGUGCUACUAGUAAUGGCGGUGCUGAGGGUGGUGUAAGUUGUAGUAGUGGCAAUGGUAUUGUUAGUGUUUCCACAAACAAUCAUCAUUCAUAAUUUUUAUAAAUAUUUUUAUUCUAACGAGUAUGUAUGCACCUCCCCCCCCCUAAAACGCUGAGCGUUUCAAAAACUUCCGUUAUUAUGUUGUUUUAUUAAAUUUAAUUUUUGUUUUAUUUUUCCUUUUGUUGAAAAAAGAAUUUUGUAAAAAAAAAAUCAUAUUAAAACUUUAUUGAAAUUGAAUAUUAUUGAAAACUUAUUAAGAGUAAUUUUAAAAACAGGGUUUAGUGAAAUGUGGAGGAUCUUGGAAAUAUAUUAAAUUCGUUAGUGAAGUAACUGAAUUUAAUAUGAAUUCUUUAUUAUACUAUAUAUGGUAUGGCGGUAUGGCAAUUGUAACAAUAGUAUUGUUUGUUUAUUUUGAGAUUAUAUUGAUAACUCAACUAACACUUCUUCAGGUAAUUAAGUGUUGGUUGUCAAAUCAGAGCUAUACGGUAAAUGUAGCCUUUAGAGUGAUGGAAAAAUCUCACUUGUUUUGUGAGUGCUGGAUUGUUGAAUAAUCUGCGCUUGGCGGAUGUUUAUCGGUAUUUCUUUUUCUUCAAAAUCAUUUCACUAAACUAUUGUACAUUGAAUUCUAUUCUACUUUAAUCUUUAUAUACUUACUUAUAUACAUAUGUAUCUAUCCUUCUUCCCUAUUAAAUAAAUUUAAAAUAAAAACAACAACAACAAUCAUGCACUUUUAGUAUAGAAAUUUAACAAUUUACUCUUUGUAUAUAAAUCGAAUAUUUUUUAAAAAACAAACGAUAUAUAAACAAAAAUUAACAAAAAAAACCUUGCAAACAAGUGCACAACUUAAGAAAAUAAAAAUAUUUCUACAUAACAAGAGAAAAAUAUAAAAUACUAAUACAUUAAAUAAGUCAAUUAGUUUUAAUUAAAUUUGUUUUUAAUUUUGAGAAGAAUUAAAAAAUAUAAUUUAUAAAUUUUUUUCUUUUUAAUAAAAA